UGCUAAGGCAGACAGCAGGGAAGGAAAGCUGAGAAGAGGAACAGUGGAGUGAAGUGAGAAGAGAGAGGAGGAGAAGGAGGAGAGGACAGGAAAAUAAAGGGGGCUUCCAUUUGAAAGUCCUCGUGUCGGGAUAUGAAGUCCUGGCGCGGUGCAGAGGCAACGGCAGGAAGCUGGAGUUUUGUAGAGAAGAGGUAGACGACGGGGGGGAAAAGAAGGAGAGACGGGGAGUCAACAGAGACCGGAGUGAUUUUUACUUCUUUUUUUACCAAGAGAGACAAGUGGAGGCAGCGAUGCAGGGCUCUCAUUGGGAGUGUUUGGUGUGUCUGACGCCGUCAGGGUGCCAUGGCUCUGGUUCAGGCCCUACCUUUGACCGUGACUGACCACCCAAAUCCAGGUCUUGACGUCCAGCAGUGCCGGCCACUAUCAUCCCACUCCCCCUCAGGCCCCUGCCCCGGCCCCUGUGGGCCCUGCAGCCCCGGGACAGCCAUGGGUUCUGUCAGCAGCCUCAUAUCAGGCCGGACGUAUCAGGAGAGACACUGCCGGGCCGCCAGCGAAUUCACCACCAAGUCCCGCCGCUCCACGCCGGCUACCAGCUGCUUCCGGCUCCAGGAUAACACCCUCCGCAGCGGGAGCUCCCUGGAGCAGCUGCUGGUCAUCAGCAACCAAACGCUUCCCCAUGCCCAGGUUCUGCCUCCACCGCUGCCCACCAAGAAGCAGCCCCGGCCCGGUAACUCUGCCGGGACAGGUGGUGUAACGGUUGCUGGAGCAAUAGGUGGUAGCACUAAUGGGAGCUCUGGGUAUGUGAGCGACGAGGUGGUGGUUGGAGACUGGAACGACAACGUGGUGCUGGUGGCUGCAAGCCCCUGCAGUGACUCGGAGGACCAAAGGGACAACAGGACUCUGAACGGCAACAUUGGAGGGCCUCCUCCCAAACUCAUCCCUGUGUCCGGACAGUUAGAGAAGAACAUGGAGAAAGUGCUGAUCCGUCCUACAGCGUUCAAACCGGUUGUUCCCAAGAAUCGCCACUCCGUGCAGUACUUGUCACCGCGGCCAGGUGGCGGCAGUCUGUCAGAGAGCCAGGCCAGCCUCAACCUCCUGCUGCCCCUCGGAGGAUCCAACAGCGCCAGCGGCCCCAACGUCAUUGGAGGGAGCAGCAGCUCCAGCACUGAAGGGAAGCGCAACUCCUACAGCGGAGGUCGCAAUGCUCGGAACAGCCAGUCCUGCUCCAUGUCAGAUUCAGGGAGGAACUCCCUCUCCAGCCUCCCUACUCACAGCAGCACAGGCUACAGUCUGGCCCCCAGUGAAGGCUCCAGCUCUGGGUCUGGCUCCGGGGGCCAGCUGGAGCCCGUGCAAGGCCUGGGCCGAAACACUUCAGGUGGAAGUGGGAGCCAUGGCCAUACUAACUCAGACAGUGGGCGUUCUUCGUCCAGCAAGAGCACAGGCUCGGGGUCGCUAAGUGGGCGCGGGCAGCCCCUGUCGGACAGCGGGUCCUGUGGCCACUCACCGCCACCCGUGGAGGGCUACGAGGCGGUGGUGAGGGAGCUGGAAGAGAAGCUGAGGGAACGAGACCUGGAGCUCCAGCAGCUCCGGGAAAAUCUGGAUGAGAAUGAAGCUGCCAUCUGCCAGGUGUAUGAGGAGAAGCAGCGUCGCUGUGAAAGAGAGAUGGAGGAGCUGAGACAAAGCUGUGCAUCGAAGAUGAAGCAGGCUUCUCAGAAGGCCCAGAGGGCGCAGCAGGUGCUACAGUUACAGGUAUUUCAACUACAGCAAGAGAAAAAGAAGCUGCAGGAGGACUUCUCCUCUCUGCUGCAGGACAGAGAGACGCUGGAAAGGAGGUGUGCCACCAUCCAGAGGGAGCAGACCCAGCUGGGGCCACGUCUGGAAGAGACAAAGUGGGAGGUGUGUCAGAAGUCAGGAGAGAUCUCCCUCCUGAAGCAGCAGUUGAAGGAGAUCCAGUCGGAGCUCAGCCAGAAGGCCGGAGACAUCGUGAUGCUGAAGGCCCAGCUGAGAGAAGCCCGCUCCGAGCUGCAAGCCAGCCAGGCUCGAUCCCACGAGGCCGCGGCGGCUGUGCGGACGCGAUCUCUGGAGCUGGAAGUCUGCGAGAACGAGCUCCAGAGGCGCAAGAGCGAAGCCGAGCUGCUCCGGGAAAAGGUGGGCCGUCUGGAAGAGGAGUCGGUCCGCCUCCGUGACACUCUGUCCAAUCACAGUGUACACUCCCUACCUGGAAAUCUAACCAUGAAGGGGCACAGCAUGGGCCUCUCCCUCCAGCAGGGUAGAGGCAUGUCAGGAAGGGGCGGUCCCAGUCCGUCUUUGUACCGGGACGCAGAUGAGACUCAUCUGGUCUGGGGAGGGGAGAGUGAUGAAGCCAAGGCUCAGAGGCAGAAUGCAGAAGCAGUGUUGGGACUCAGACAACAGGUGGACAGGCUGAAGGCUGAACUCAUAUACGAGAGGAGGACUAGUGAGGAGCAACUGUCACGGUUUGAGACUGAGAGGAGGGUGUGGCAGGAGGAGAAGGAAAAGGUAAUCCGCUACCAGAAACAGCUGCAGCAGAACUACAUCCAGAUGUACCGUCGAAACCGGGAUCUCGAGCGAGUGAUGAGGGAGCUGAGUCUUGAGCUGGAGAACAGGGACAUGGAGGACUAUGAAGUUCACAGUGGCAGUAAUGACAUCCACUUUGAGGAAAUUACCGCCACUGAGAUCUAAAAACACACACACACUUACAGUAAUAUGUGCACAGAAACAUGGAACCACAACUCACAAAAGACUCUGAGGAUGCAAACCAAACAUUAAACUCUGGGCCAAACACUGCACUACCUUCAACAUGGCUUUACCUGGACCACUGAGCGAGCACUCGCCACUCGUCACUGUCAAAAGGGAGAUCUCCCAAAGGUGCAUUCUUACUUCCUGUUAAGUACUCCAAUAAAUCCUUAUAAAGUGUCCCCUUGGGCGCUUUUAACAGGUUUUACUCCACUACAAAGCCAGCACAAAGACUUCUUUCCUUCUGUGGGAGCAAAAGCGGUGAAGAAAGUGUUUCUUCCUCAGACCACGUUCAAAUCAGGGUAUCGGAAAUCGUCGGGGACUUGAAGCAAAAAAAAAUGUUACUACAGGCACAGCAGUCACCCCUUUCUCGGUAGCACACAAACACCCAGCCACCAGCAUGCAUGUAUCAUGACAGCAGUCCCAUCAACAUCACCGCUACUGGCUGUGAAUGAUGAUCUCAUCAACCGUCCACACAACAACAACAACAACAGCUGCACUACUAGUCCUCCAAGUAACUGCUGACAUGAAAAAUAAUUAUCAGCAGUUCAUUUUUACAAAUGAUAAAAGGAUGAGAAUAUUUUUGUUCUUCUUGUGCUCUCUUUCCUCAGCAGAGUGCAUUUGAAAAGAAAAGAAAAGAAUGUAUUGUGACUGUUAUCACACCAGAGAAAUGCAGUAUAAAUGGUCACCACCGGCAAUGAAAGAAUCUGCUCAUCAAGGGAAACAGUGUCAUUUUUGCACAACUUUCCUGCGCUCUUUUGUUCGUUCUUGUGAUGCAAAUCGUCAAACUUCAACAAACCAGUUUUGACGUUCACAUGUGGACAUCCCAAUCUGUAAUUUUCCCCAAACCACAGAGGACACAAAAACCAAACGUUCAAAGGACGCUGCUCAUGUUUUCCACUAACUCGACCAGUGUGUCAACUCAGUCAGACAACGCAGCAAGCUCUGACAUAAACAUUUACAUUUUACUAUUAUGUAGCACUAGGAAGCAGACCGUAGCAUGGGAGACAUCACCAGGAUGGUGCUGAUUCUUCCCCCCUCUCUUUCUGCCUUUGUCUCUAUGUCUGCUCUCUCUCUUUCCAUCUCUUUCUCUGCUUCUUACUCAGCUAUUUUUAUAACAGUCGGUAUCAGGAAACUAAAAAUGGAGCAUAUUCUUCUAGUUUGGUCGUCACGUCGCUGAGGGAUUUAAGGCAUGCUUAUUCAGAGUUUCCGUUUAUUCUCCUUCAUUCCCAUUAGUGCUCUUUAUUUAGCUCUUGGCAGCCCAAAGCCAAAUACCACUUUUUAAAGUCUUCCUAGUCUCCCCGAGACUAUAAUCUUCACUGACUGCUAUACAGGUAGCAAGACUGGCAUGCCUGCAUGUCUUUGUUGUAUCAGAUUUCAGAGGUUCAGAUAGCGGUGAGAUGAGAAUUUGCAGAUGCAAUAGCUCCAGCGCUGAAUGUCCUCGAUGCGGGUCGGCUGGGGAGCAUGUUAAGCUGUUUUCUCGCAGUAUUAUGCAGGGCUGUGUAUAACACUGAGCAUGGCGGGUCUCUACGGAAACAAAAGUAGCGGGCUGAGAACUUUUAUUUUACAAAGAGUCUAUAUCAAGGAAUAAUAGUUAAAUGGAAAUCUAUAUAAUGGAGGAGAUGUUGUAUAUUUUUUUAUAUAUAGCACCUGAAGAUAUUUUGUUGUAGUACCGAUAUAAGUGUGGGUUUAAUAUACAAAGUAUAAAGACUUCUAUAUCACAUACCAAUAUUUCAAAUGACGGAUCAGUUGUAAAUGGAGGCGGCAGCAUAGAAAGAGUGCACCUAAUACUGUAAUGCAUGAAAAUAUGUUUACAUUAUAUAACCCGUGUGACACAAACAUACUCUGAUGACCAAACUUUGCAGCUGAUAAACACAGUUUGGAGUCUUUCUUUCAGACGCCGUUUUGAUCUGUUAUCUCUCCAUUUUGAUUGAUCUUUCAUUUGAUCGUCAGUAUCAUAAUAUCGCACCGGUUCAUGUUCGUUCAUCGUUGGGUUUCGUGCUUGUUUCGUUAGUUUAUAAAAGGUCAUUUUUGAGUGACUUCUUGAGGUCGGAGCUGAUGCAAACCAAGAAAGUGUUACGUUUCCUGUACUUGGAAAUUCAGUCGAACCCCUUUCAUAAAAUUUGAUCAGUGUUUGAUCAGUCUAUAUUUUGCAUGACCUUACCACAUUCACUGUGGUUUGAGAGAUUUUGUAGAUUAUUCAAAUUCUGCAUAUUAACAUAAAGCCAUGGGAAGUGACUUUGAAUGGAACAAGUUGGGUUUGUCCAACCAUAUUUAAUUUGCUACCCAGACCUAGACUGUUACUCACUUCACCACAGAUGCAGCACAGGUACGGCUCAACAACAAACACAGGUGAUGCAAACCAAACUGAAAAGUACCGUGUGCAUCCCGGACUUCCGUCUUUUCACUCACAUCUCUUCAUCGUUGCAUAACCGUUUUCUGUGUAAAUAUGUAAAACACUAAAUAGUAUAAUAACAGAGUGACAUUGUCUUUUAUUUAGACAAAAUAUCUAUUUCAAAUGUAGCCACUGUGACUAGACCAAAGCAACGUAACACAUUUUUCUUUUUUUCGUGGCAUUUUUCUCAUCCUUUUGUGUGCAUUUUUUAUGUUUACUUACGUUGUGUCUUCAGUAAUUCAUAAAGUACGUAGUUGUUCAUGUAUAUUUUUAUGUGUACAUUUCUUGUACAAAUGACUGUGUUUUUAAUUAAAGAACAAGUUGUCACACCUUAAA